CAUCUCAUACAAGCGAUAACAUCCAACAUCUGAAAAAACGUGCACCUAAUUCUAUUGAUUGUUAUUAUUAUUAUUAUCAUUGUAUUAUAUAAGGAUAAGAAAGCUCUGGUCUUGGAGGAUUGAGAGCCAUUUGCCAGUGUCAUUCGACCAAUUAUCACUACUUACAGCCAUCCCUCUUUUGUUUCAGCUAACCAUGGCCACUAUCUUAGCAGGUCUAAGGAGGCUAGAAGGCAAGGUGGCUCUAAUCACCGGAGCUGCUAGUGGCAUCGGAGAAUGCACGGCAAGACUCUUCUCCAAACAUGGAGCUCAGGUGGUAAUUGCCGCUCAGGUGGUAAUUGCAGAUAUACAGGACGAGUUAGGCCACUCACUUUGCAAAGAAAUAGAUAGAGAUGGCAAAUACUGCUCAUUUGUCCACUGCGACGUUACUAAAGAAGAAGACGUGGAAAAUGCUCUUAACUCUGCUGUUUCGAAGUAUGGUAAGCUGGACAUUAUGUUUAACAAUGCAGGAAUAAUCGGGGUGGCCAAACCCAACAUUCUUGACAAUGAAAAAGCUGAAUUUGAGAAGAUAAUUAGUGUGAAUUUAGUAGGUGCUUUCUUAGGAACUAAACAUGCAGCUCGUGUAAUGAUCCCUAAUCGAAAAGGAAGUAUAAUUACAACUGCAAGUAUUUGCUCCACAAUUGGAGGAGUUGCAUCUCAUGCUUACACCAGUUCGAAGCAUGGAGUGGUAGGGCUUAUGAGAAAUACUGCAGUGGAAUUGGGGCAACAUGGGAUUCGAGUAAACUGCGUUUCGCCAUACGUAGUUAAUACUCCACUUGCAAGGGAUUUCUUCAAGCUGGAUGAUAAUGGAAUUUAUGAUGUUUAUUCUAAUCUUAAAGAAGCUGUGCUUCAACCGGAAGAUGUGGCUCAGGCUGCUCUUUACCUGGGGAGUGAUGACUCCAAGUAUAUUAGUGGCCAUAAUAUGAUAAUAGAUGGGGGAUUCACUAUUGUGAAUCCAGCUUUCUCUAUAUUUCCACAAUCUAUCUAAUUUUUUUCAGAACUUCUUUCGGUUUGUAUUUCCUUCUUUGCCUAAUUAAUAAUAUGAUAAUAGAGCCAUUUUCUUAGGUGAGAGCCCACAAGGAAAGAAGUACUAUUUGUUCACUUGAUCUUGAUGAAUCGAAAGUCAAAAAGUUCAAUGAUGCAAUUUAGACCAACUAUUAGUUUCACAUUCUGAUACAUGUUCCUAGCGAAAUGCUAUGAAGUUUCGCAACAGCGCCUCUAAUAUAUUUAUAGGCACUGUUUUAAGUCGUCAAUUGCAGCAUUUGUAAAA